AUGUCUCUUGAAGAGCUGGAAUGGCUCGAAACCAGGCUUCGGAAAUACGAGUCGAGCAAGGCGAUUCACGAUCCCCCAUCGCCGCAAGCCUACGAAGCAAUUGCAAAAAGCUCUUUCUACCGCCUGCCUGUAGAAAUACGCCGAAAGAUUCUCACUGCCGCGUUUGGAAAUUACACUCUUCAUAUAGGGCUCUCGUACCAAUCUGGAUUUCGCGAUCUAAGCGUUAGUAAAUCGGACUCCCAAACUGCGAGAUGGGACGGCGGCAUUUGUACGCGCGAGCCCGGCAAAUCACCGUUUCGUGAUCAUUGCACUCUGGACAAGCUUGGUGUGAUGGGCUGGCUGCUCAGCAGCCGAUUAGGACAUGCCGAAGGUACAGAUGUGUUGUACUCAACUAAUACUUUUCAUAUUGGCAACGAAAUGAUGGUUCACAACUUGAAAGUGGUACUUCCAUCAGAACACUUCGCUCGCAUUCGCUCUCUGGAACUUCUUGGCUAUUUCUAUUUGGAAAAUUGGCCAUAUCAUCAUCCCAAGACAGUAAGACUGGGGUGGGGUGGUCUUGAAUUGGUUCUUGAAGCCAUUAGAGAUCGAUUCCCUUCACUGCGAAAACUGUACCUGUCCCUUGAGACCUAUGACGUAAACGCCUAUCUUAAUUGGCGCGAAGUGGAGGGUGAUCCUUUCGAUCCUGUGAUUGACGUUAUGGAGAAAGCUCUCGGGGUGGUUGAUGAGAUCGUGUUCCAGAAACAUCCUAGUCUCAAAGUCGAAGUUGCAUUGUCGGCACGAGUUCUGCAUGAGCUUCGAUACCGAGGGUCGGGUGAGAUUGCUCCACAGUACCCCAGGAUUUCUGUCGUGCAGGGCAGAGAUGAUAGUAAGAAUUCCGGUGAGCCCAGCAGUCUUGAAGGAGGGACGCGACAGAAUCAAGGCGAAUGCAAGACUAGGGCUGUGUAG